AAAUAACUUUUUGUUGCUUUAGAAAUCACUGCUAUGAACAGUGCAGACGAUAGGUUCAUCUAAGUCGCAGUGAAUAUCGCAUUUUCAGUGUAGAAACAUCCUAACAUUUGUUAGUAAAAGUAAAUCGAACUAAAAAUGGCCCCAGUCUCAUUAGCCGAGCAUUUGAGCGAUCGUGACAAAAUGGUCUUGGAGGCAAUUUUUACGCCAACACAAAUUGGCUCAGAUGUUUCAUUCUCAUAUGACGAAGAACUUCCGGUUGAGCUGAAGGAUCCGAUCGAAGAAUUGAAUGAAACUGUUAUCGAAUCAAUGGAUUUGGAAGCAAGAGCGAUAAUUGCUGCUCAGGAAAACCGUUACGACGAUGCACUGAAUCUAUUUGGAAAGGCAAUAGACGUGACCCCGGCAAGAGCUUCACUUUACAACAAUCGAGCACAAACGAUGCGUCUUCUUAACGAUGAUACAGGAGCACUAGCCGACUUAAACACAGCGUUAGAAUUGACUUCUCCUGGUAGAACGAAAUGCCAGGCUCUGUGUCAACGAGGUUUGCUUUACCGCAAGCAAGAGAAACUCGAUGAAGCAAAACUGGAUUUUACCGAGGCCGCUAAAUUAGGCAGUAAAUUUGCGAAGUCACAGUUGAUCGAGAUAAAUCCGUAUGCGGCGCUUUGCAAUCAAAUGUUGCGUGAAGCUUUUGACAAAUUAAAAUGAGCCCUGGCGAGUCACGUGACCAGAGCAAGAUGCACAACGCUCUCUUGUAAAAAGUUGAAACAAAUAAAAAUUUUCAUUGGGAAUUUUCCGUUACACAUA